UUAACAAAAUUUUGGGGUAUUGACACAGCGCAGAUGGAUGUGGACCCACUUAAUAUAUAAGCCAGCUGGGAUGGUAAAACCAAUUAGUCUUCCACCAAAAUUCAUUACGAAAAGAAAACAAAAUGAAAAUCGCAAUUAUUUCCUUGGCCCUCAUUGCCGGCUGUUUGGCCAUGCCCCAGGAUAAAUAUACCACCAAAUAUGACAGCAUUGAUUUGGAUGAAAUCUUGAAAUCGGAUCGCCUCUUCAACAACUAUUUCAAUUGUCUGAUGGAUCAGGGUAAUUGCACUCCUGAGGCUCGUGAGCUAAAGAAAAUCCUACCCGAUGCUCUGCAAACCGAAUGCAGCAAAUGCAGUGAGAAACAGAAGCAGGGCGCCGAAAAAGUUGCUCGCUAUGUCAUCGAGAAUAAACGUGAUGCAUGGAAUGCCCUACAGGCUAAAUAUGAUCCAGAGGGUGUUUACUACAACAAAUACAAGGCAGAGGCUGAGAAGCGUGGCAUUAAGGUUUAGGCCACAGGGAUCUCAGAUUUGACGUGUAACUAUUCAUAAAUAUUCCCAAAGUAUGUUGAAAAUAAAAUU